GCUGUGCGGGAACUGUGCACCAACACACACCUCUUCUUCCUCUUCAUCCAGAUUUCUAAGAUGAUAUCCAAGAAGUCUGGACAUUCUGGAUGGGGACGUGGUCUUCGCCGUGCUGUUGGUGAAUGGUACCGAAGUUGGGAACCGAAACGGCUGGCUUUGGAGGUGACUAGACACUUCAGUGCCCAUGGAUGGACUCACCGUGAUGUGGUCAGGCUUGCUCAUUUGAAGCUGAAGGAGAUGCCUCUAGGGAGCCAAGUAGUUCUGCACUACGUUUUUAUGGGACUGGACAAGACUGUUCAAGAAUACACAGGAAAGGACAACACCAGUGAACUUUUGGAACUCAUGCAAGUGCUAGACAAGGAUGGCCACCCAAAGGAUAAGGAACAACAGUGGGAUGUAGACCAAGUGAUCAACAAGGUGAACAAGCUGCAUGAAGUCUACAGUGAAGUGACACUGGAUGAUGUACCUUCACAGAGCCUCAAAUCUCCUGAGGUCUGGUCUCACAUGCUGGACAAACUGGAAGGAGAGUCAGCUGUGGCCAGCGUGAACCGCAUGGCCAAGGCAGGUCUGCUGAGCCAGAGUGCAGACAACACCAACGUCCUUCCCAACAAGCUGGUCGACCGCUUGACUCAUUCUGAUGUCGCUUCGAGCCCUGUGACUCCAGCUGUCACUCUCAUGGCUCUUCAUGCUUAUGAACACCCAUCCAGAUUCUCCAGCGAGGCCUGUGGCAAAGUGUAUGAGAAGAAGUCCUGCAAGUCACCGAGAGCCCCUACGAAAGCUCCCCUCAAGAAGUCAACCAAAGUAAACCAGAGCGUUGUUGAUGCUCUUCACAAGCUCAUUGCUGGGAGUUCAAAGAAUAUUGAAAAGACAGCAAAGAAGUUAGCAAUUGUUGUUGAUGUUCGAGGCUACAUGAGCACAAGCCAUGUGUGGACAGGUAACCCAGAAGGCAAGGGGGAGGUAACAGGACAUGAAGGAGCUGCUGUAAUUGUGCUCACCCUCACUUCCGGUGGAACUUGCCCGGUCGUGAACACCCUGGCCUUCUCUGGCACUGGAGUAGCCGAAGUGCCUGUUACGGAGGGAAUAACUCUCUUGCAGCUGGUGGAAAAAUUCAAGGAGAUGUUGAUUGAUGAGGUGCCCAUUAUGGCGGGAAUGACUCUCUUACAGCUGAUGAAGAAAGUCAAGAAGACGGUGAUUGGUGAGGUCAGUGUUGAUGCUGCUCUGAAUUGGGCCCAAGAGAAAAAUAUGGAGACUGUUGUCGUCAUCACCCACAAGCUUGACCAGCAGGCCAUCACUGCUGCUGCCCAGUCCCUCAAGCAGAUCAAUGAUAAGAACAACACACAAAUGAGACUGGUGUUGUGUGGACUAGGGACAAAGCAUCUACAUACCCAGCGAACAGAAAACUUCCUCCUUGUGCUUGGAUUUGAUCAGCGAACACCCAGCAUCAUCAGAGCCUACCACGAGAGGCUCUUCUAAGAUGGGGACGAUGUUAGCCUUCCUUUUUUUAUCACAGGAGAGAGUUGCUGUGACCAGCAGUUGGAGGGAGAUCUGAAUCACAGUUGUUCCUUGCAGAUCAACCUCAGCUCUUAAGGCAUGGGAUUAUGACUAGCAAAGUUUAUUGUAGGCCAUUGUGAGUGAGGUUGUUGGGUAGUCAAGGCAUUUGUGACUUUCUCAGCAAACCGUAACAAUAGAAAGAGGCCUCAUUCUUGAAGAGUGCGAUCUCAUUUUCAGAUUUAAGAUUCAGGAGAUCUUGUUGCGCCUUUGAAUCCAAGUUUUUCAAGUGUAAGGGGUUCAGUGCAGUGCUUGAAAAGCAUAGGAUUUUCAAGUGAAAUUAACUGCAUGGUCCUUAUGACAAAGCAUAGCACAGACUGAGCUAGAUUUUUGGUGCCUUCACAAAAUUUUUCCAGAUAUUUAGUGCUCGGUCAUUUUGUAGAAUCAUUUUCUCAUGUGAAGAGUGAGUAGGCCAAUGUUUUGAAAGAUCUGAAAGUAUUUUAUGACCAACACAUUUGUCUAUAAAAUGUACCCUGAUAUACCUGAUAUUUGCGGGUUGAACUUCUUGUUCAGAACUCCAGAGGGUAGCAUAUAUUGGUCUAGAAACUUUUUGAAAUAAAGAUUAGCUUUAAUGAUGCUAAAUAGCUAUGUACCAUAGAGUCUGUUAGGUACAAGGGCUCAUUAUGCCAUUUUAGAAUAAUUGAAAUCUAGAAGGUGAUAUUUUUGAGUAAUUAGUGCUGGUAAUAUCCAUCCACAUAUGUAGGCAGAUGUAAGGGUUAUGACUGCCAUUUGAUUUAAGUAUAGAAUUUUAUUCCAGAUAUAUUUUGGAGAAAAGUGUACGUGAAACUUGUACAAAAUUCCAGUACAUGUUAAGUGUAUUCUGAACUACAAAAAGAUCUACUUCCAGAUCUUAUUGUUUACAGUUUCCCUCAUUUCUACUAGCCUUUUCUAUAGCUCUUUCAGGACCCAAUCUUACAAAAGUGGCAUGAUAUUCAGAACUGUAUGUUAUAAAGCUAAAUCAAUGCUUGUGAAAGACUUUGUGGUAAGAUACAAACAUUAAGGUAGCUCCUUUUAUUAUAGACAUGCAAAUUUGAAUUCAUUUUUCUAGAGCCUGUCCAUCUAGGAUGCUGAGUGGUACACAUAUCAUUUGAUGUUUCACGUGUCAUUUGGAGUUUAGGAUCUCUUAAACUGUGACAGGGCUAUUAUAGAAAAUCUCAAUUUACAAAAGAAUAGAUAUAAAGAACAUUUCAUGAUAAAUGCUGUUGCAAGGUCUACUUUUUUAUGACAAUCAAACCACAGAUGUUUUUUUUUUUUUUUUUAUGAGAAAACCAAGUUGUUAGGCUGGGAACUUUAAUAAACUAGAUGUUUUUGAAGAAUAGAUUUGAUUCUGUGCCACGAUAUUGGUUUGAUUUUUGUAAGUGGAGACAAUAUUUAGGAACAAUCAUAUAAUGUGCGACUUAUCUAUAUGACAAAUGACAGAUCUAGAGAGAUUGUCUUACGGUAUCAAGUAAUAUAACUUAAUUUGUGGCAGUAUAAAUCAAGGUUAGAAAAGUGCGAAUUGUCUCUGGUGUAGAAAGCUGUGGAAUCCAAAGGCAGUAGUUGAGUGCUGAACUUCAUUUGUGAUGGAUGAAAAUACUCCCUUUAAUUUUUGUGUUUAGGAAUUUUUGGUGUAGUAAUGGAAACAAUUGUGUGUAGCAUGUAAGUAAUUUAAUGGAAAGAAUGAAAAAUUUUCUUGCACUGAUGAUGUUGAUGGAUAAUGGAAGGGAAUAGUAACUGUCAAUGUCUGUUGGUUUAGGUGAUCUGUGAAGGCAAUAGAUACAGAAAAUGGUGUGACAUAAUUUAGUUAUAUAUAUUUUUCAGUUGCCAUUUCAAUAAAAUCCAUUGAAUUCUAAUUAGUGACAGUCAGCAGAUGGUGUAAGUUAAUAAAUUUGAAGUUAAACUUGCAGGAUGGCUGACGUUCUGCUAGAGGUUGGUAAUCCAUCGUGUUAAAAGAAUAUAAAUUCAAGCAAAAUCUGUGGUGUUGUACUAGUCAUUUAAAAAGGGAAAGAUGGAAACUGUGCAGCAUUUUCCCCAUUGCUCACAAGUUGCACAUAAUUCAUCUGUUUCUUGUGCUGAGUUUAAGGAAGUUUAUUUUUAUUUAGAUUUAUCUGUUUUGCAAAGAAUAAUAAAUUAAAUACUUCAGACUGAGUGAGAACUGUAAAGGAAAUGACUUUAUGUACUGGGAAAUAUUUAAAAAAGGUUUCCCUAUGAAUCUCCACUUAGUGUCAGGAUUGAAUGUUUAUGUUAAUUAAGCUUUGAAUGAAAAUAGUCAAAGUUAUAGAAAAUUGAGGAAGCUAAUGUUCAUAGGGAAUUUUAUUUUGAUGAAGAAACUAAAGCUGGGAAUUAGCAUUCUUUAAAAUUGAGUUUUAUCUGUAAAUACUAUAUUUGAAUAAUACUCAUAAUGCAUAAUUUUUUUUUCUUGAUAUAGAAGUCUGUAAAGGGAGUGAUAUUUCUUCCAUUUUGUGAAUAUAAUGGCAAAAGGAAUUAAACCCAGUGGAAAGCAUUUGAUACCAUCACAUCUUCAUAUGUCAGAGCAAGAACACUUAGUUAUGAAACAGUGUCUGUUAUGCCCAUUUGUGAUUGCUCCUUCAUUCAGCAUACUAUUUGCUUGAAGACACAUGACAUAAUUCUUCCUGCUCAAGCUUUCGUGUUAAGGUACCAUCCAAUGCACCAGAGGAAAGUUGGGAAUACAGAAAGAGCAAUAUAUUAACUUGUUCUGGAUUCAUGAAGUGAUUUGGGAUGGAUAUGGAACAUCCAUGAGGUUAGGUUGUCUCUUUGUUUCCAGAUCCUAUUUUAAUGGAUUUUUAUGGUGCUGUACAUGUGUGUUAAGGCCAUCCAGGUAACAAUCCUGAUACCAGAUAAUUGUUCUUUAAAUAAUGUGUAUAUGCUGAGUUUUUGUGUAGAAGAGUAACACUUUAUGGGAAGAGGGAGCCAUAGAACUCAAGUGAUUAACAAAAAGGGAUGGAAAGGCAUUCCUCUAUAAUGUCUGCACUUGAAGAUGUUGCUUGUAGGCAUUGUAAAUCUCGGAUAAUUUGUGGUUCUAACCCAGCUCACUCCAUCACACUUUACCUUAGGAUGAGAAAAGAGAAGAACAAGAAAGUUAAGUAAAAAUGGAAAUGUUUAAAAGGAAAACAUACCAGUUGUGCUCAUAAAAUGUAAGUAUCGAAACUAAUCGACCUGGGAAAAAGUGCAAUUUUUGAAGAGUAAAUAUUUUUUUGAGGAUUCAAGGUGAGUAGGAAGGGUUGAUUGUGUAAUAACAAUAUAUAGGUUGGCCUCAUUGGAAAAAAAAAAAAAACUAAUGGUAGCAAAAUAAUAUCUCCUGAAUAGGAUUGUUAGUCAGUAUUUAUCAAGAUCUGAUACUUGAUUAGGCCAAUAGAAAUAUGUCAUAUAGUCCCUUAUUUAGUACAGAGCUGAGGCUAUCCUGUAAGACAAUUGAACGAACUUUUGCAUUUGUUCAGAACCAUCACCCAAUGUGAUAAUUUUUAUUGAUGGGGCAUCACUCAUCAGUUGCAUGCCUGUGGGAUAUCGGUGGAAAAUUUAAACUAAAACUUUGUGAAAUGCCAGAAAAACUCAGUGACGUUACUGACGUGUCUAUUGUUUUUGAAUUAUACCUGGCAAAAGAAAAAGCUUUAACCUGUUUUGAACUUCUUGUUGUAUGUCAUGAUAAGAAAAUGAUUUGCAUUUUAUAUGAUUUCUUGCAUUUCUUGUUUUUGUUUUAAGCAUUUUAUGUUUUGUGUUGUAUUUUAUAUAUUCUCUUUGGUAUGUAUUAUUUUAAAUCUCUAUGAAUCCACUUGGUUGCAUGUUUUGUGUAGUUGCAGCAUUUUUAUUGCUUUGAAAUAUUUAUGUCAAGGCUUUACCAACAUUAUUUUUUUUUUUUAUCAUUUUUAUUCUCUUGUAAGGAGAAUGGUGAGUAAUAGCUAUUGAAAUGGGCCAGAUACAAACAUGGUAAAUAUAAGGCAUUUACGAGCAUGGCAUUUUUGUGUAUUAAGAUAAUUCGGUAUAUUAAUACUAUGUUUAGUCAGAUUCUCUCGUCAUGUUCGUUGUUAAUCAAAUGAUGAUGCCUCUAGUCUUCAGAUUGCAUUGCAGUUUUAUGUUUCCGCUUUAGCUUAAAAAGAAAAGCAAGAAAAAUAUUUUUGGGUUUACGAUCAUAUAUUUCUACAAAGGAUUAUAUAUGGUGUGUUUAUUCUCAUUUAAAAAAUUUUGUUUGGUGAAUUAGACAUUGUAAAAAGAUAUCCAACAGUUUUGACUUAUGCUUUGAUAUAGGUAUAGAUGCAUUAGAGGAUAUUAGGGUUAUAAAGUGCAGGUUUAAAAAAUGUUCUUGUUCACAAAUUGAAUAAGUAAUUAAACAAUUGUCUUCAAAAUUACACUUUAAUUCCCAAGUGAAGCUGAACCAAUUGUACAUAUUGUCAAAGAUAUUAAUGCAGGCAAAUACGGAUUAGUGACAUGGACAUUUUGUCUUUUUUUCCGUUAAUGAAAAUAAAAUAAAAUUUGCAAGCUUUGAAUAUGGUGUUUUGUUAUGUAUUGGAAAAAUGUAGGAAGAAAUGAGAGAUUAGGUCUCUGGCAGAAAGGCACUUAGGUAUAGAUUAUUCUCUGGGAAUAACAAACACAUGAGAAACCCUGUUGUUCAAUGCUGUGUGUAAGUGCAAGCAAUCAUCUAUGUUACGUAUGCAGGAAUAUAUAUAUAUUGUCUUAUAAAAGAUGUAGAAUAAUCAUUGUUUGAAUACCUUUUAGGCAGCUUUUAGAAGGUAAUGCUUGUUAUUUAAAUAUUUAUGCAUCUCACCAGAAAAAAAAAACUAGCAUUUAAGACAUUUUUUAAAACUUGUGGUUUACUUUGCAUCUUGGAACCAAAAUAUGCAAUGGUAAAUAAAGUUGUUAAACAGAAUGGUAGGGUUUGGUCAACUGGAACUAUCAAUCGAGAAAAAUCAGCGGCUCACAUGUAGGCGCUUCAUGAACAAAGGUAUCUUGAAGGGGAAAAAUGUACUGUUGGAGUAAUAGGUUCCUUGAAAGUUCUGAAAAAAAGGCUUGAUUAAGUAACUAUUGAUAAUUAGUAAACUCAUGAAACCAAUUUGAUUAUAAUGUGCUUUUGAUAAAUUGCUGAUUUUAUUUGUUAGCAGAACGCUGUUGUGAGCUCUCGGUUAUUGAUUUGGUUUAUAUUUUGUGGCGUAGUUUGCAAGUCCAGUAGACGUUAAAAAGAAAAUGUUAUAUAAAGAACAAGAAAAAAUGUAAAAAAGAAAAAAAAAGAAAAAAAAAAUGGGAGCAGCAUUUUUAAAGAUAGAUAUUUACAUGUAGAUGCUUCGUGUAGACAUUUGCUACAUGGCUUUUAGUUAUAAUGUUACCUCUUCUUGUGUAGCUCGUAUAUUCCACAUUCUACCAAAGAAUUUGUUAUUGUGUAUCCUUGUUUGGCUUUGUGAAGUAUAAACCUCCUCGUAUGUGUACUUGACAAAUAUUGAAGCUUUUGGCAUAUUUUUAUUUAUUAUUUUUUUUGCAAUGAGGUGUUUAAUUAUUAUCGUUAUUACCUUUUUUUUUAUUGAUUAAUAAUUUGAAUUUUCUUGGAAUUUCAAGUCCAAAUUGGUAAAAAAAACAAAAAAACUAAGGCUUUAACAUUGUCCAUGUUUCUUUUUAUUUACAUAUUACCGUCUGUGAAGUAAGUUGUAUUAUUGUCAAGGCAUUAUGUUUUGUCACAGUUUGUGAUCAGUUCAUUAAGAAAAAAAGAAAAAAGAAAAAAAAAAAAGUAAUUCAAGAAUAUUCUAUUGUUCUUCUUGUGGGAAUUCCCUCUGUUGAACACUUUGUUUUGUAGCUUUGAUAAUAUGAUUUAGGCAACUAAGUAGCAUGCUUCUAUUUGUUAUGGAUGUGGAAGGGUCUUUAGUAUUCCUCUGUGAAUUUGUUUUUCGUGUGUUUCAUUUUUUUUUUCUGGAGGCAGACAGCAAUAUCGACUCCACAGUAUAAUCUGUUCUCCAUUGCCAGUGAGGUUGUGGUGCAUGUUUCGUGGUUUUUAAAUGUAAGCCUCAAGAGCAAUCAUGGUAAAAGUAGCUGCAACGGCAACAUAUACGCUUGUGGAACUAAAUCUCAUUAGCUUGGGUCAUCCUCUUAUUGCAGCAUUUGCCUGCCUAGUACUAUAGUACAAGUGUUUAUUGGCUUGUAUUUUGGCCGAGGGGAGAUCAGUCAUGUGCCCCCCUUGGAAAAAAAAAUAAAAAAAAGGAAAAUGGAAAAAAAAGAAAAAGAAAAAAAAGAAAUUGCCUGGAUUACAUCUGGAAUUGAGAAUAUUUAUAAUAUCUAGUUCGAGAAUGACUGAUAUGCAGUACUGGAUGUAGGCAGGGAAUUUUGAUGAGAUGUGCACAGUCUUUCUCUUGACCACAUAUUUUUAUAUCCAGUCUUUUUGUUAGCACAUAAAUACUCGGGUGAAUAAAUAGUAGAUUGAAAUACAAGAA